AUGACUAUUCUGUGUAAUAUAAUUAAAGUUAAGUGUACUGGAAAACGGGAGCAACGAAAUAAUCGGUCAAAGCGCCAGGUGGUUGGAACUGUCGCAUUCUCUGCUUACUUGGACCAUGAUGUCACCAAUCUUGGUCCAGACCACACUAUUCAGUUCCACGGCGUAGUCCUCAACAAAGGCAACGCCUACAACCCCAACACUGGCAUUUUCACCGUCCCAUUGGAUGGCGUAUAUUUCCUGACAUUCGCCGCUGAGGAUUAUCGCUUUCAUCGUGAAUGGUUAAAUCUAGUUGUGGACGGACAGCUAUUCUCGAGCACGGUUUUUGGAGCGGCCAAUGGUCAUUUUGUGGGAAGUAACAUAGUAUUGGCUCGACUCACAAUAGGUCAAUCGGUCUGGGUAGCUGUGGAUUCUCGGGAGACGACAGGCGGCUCACUUCAAGGCGAUAAUACCGAGCGAUUUACAACGUUCUCCGGAUUUUACCUGUAUGAGUAGACUGUGUUUGUUUACUUUCUAUAUCGGUGUUUUGUGUUAUUGCUCUUUAUUAAUAGUAGAUAAUAAAACAAACAUUCAAGCAAAGUU